GGCAGGGUGAGGGAAAGGUUUGCCUGAGCGCUGCAAAGAGGGGGCUGUGGUUCUGCAGCUUGGGUGGCGGCUGGAGGUGAGACUCGGGGUUGAGGUGAGCGGCGGGAUGAUGGAGGAGGAGGAACUGGAGUUCGUGGAGGAGCUGGAAGCAGUGCUGCAGCUCACGCCUGACGUGCAGCUCGCCAUCGAGCAGGUGUUUCCAAGCCAGGACCCUCUGGAUCGAGCAGAUUUCAAUGCGGUGGAGUAUAUCAAUACCCUGUUCCCAACUGAGCAAUCUCUGGCAAACAUUGAUGAAGUUGUGAACAAAAUUAGACUGAAAAUAAGGAGACUGGAUGACAAUAUUCGAACUGUCGUAAGAGGUCAGACAAACGUGGGACAGGAUGGCAGGCAAGCACUUGAAGAGGCCCAGAAAGCCAUCCAGCAGCUCUUCGGCAAAAUCAAAGACAUCAAAGACAAAGCAGAAAAAUCAGAGCAAAUGGUUAAGGAAAUCACCCGCGAUAUUAAGCAGCUAGAUCAUGCCAAACGCCACCUGACCACCUCGAUCACAACGCUGAACCACCUGCACAUGUUGGCAGGCGGCGUGGACUCCCUCGAAGCCAUGACCAGGCGACGGCAGUAUGGAGAAGUCGCUAACCUUCUUCAAGGUGUGAUGAAUGUUCUGGAGCACUUCCACAAGUACAUGGGAAUUCCGCAGAUCCGGCAGCUUUCCGAGAGAGUGAAGGCCGCCCAGACUGAGUUAGGACAGCAAAUCCUGGCCGAUUUUGAAGAAGCAUUUCCUUCCCAGGGCACCAAGAGGCCAGGCGGACCCAGCAACGUCCUGCGAGAUGCGUGUCUCGUCGCUAAUAUUCUGGACCCUAGAAUCAAACAGGAAAUCAUCAAAAAGUUUAUUAAACAACAUCUGUCAGAAUAUCUAGUACUUUUUCAAGAAAACCAAGAUGUCGCCUGGCUGGACAAAAUCGACAGACGCUAUGCCUGGAUAAAGCGCCAGCUCGUGGACUACGAGGAGAAGUAUGGCCGCAUGUUCCCACGUGAGUGGUACAUGACCGAGAGGAUUGCAGUCGAAUUCUGCCACGUCACAAGGACAGAACUCGCCAAAAUUAUGCGUACCAGAGCCAAGGAAAUUGAAGUGAAAUUGCUUCUUUUUGCAAUUCAGAGAACAACUAACUUUGAGGGGUUUCUCGCAAAGCGCUUCUCCGGGUGCACGCUGACGGAUGGAGCUCUGAAAAAACUCGAGUCUCCACCGCAAUCAACCAAUCCCUUCUUGGAAGAUGAACCAGCACCAGAGAUGGAGGAACUGGCGAUAGAGAAGGACUUAGAUCAACCAAAGAAGCCUAAAGCCCCAGACAAUCCAUUUCACGGCAUUGUUUCCAAGUGUUUUGAGCCUCAUCUCUACGUGUAUAUUGAGUCCCAGGACAAAAACCUUGGAGAGCUGAUAGAUCGAUUUGUGGCCGAUUUCAAAGCCCAGGGACCACCUAAGCCCAACACUGAUGAAGGGGGUGCUGUGCUCCCCAGCUGUGCUGACCUCUUUGUCUACUACAAGAAGUGCAUGGUGCAGUGCUCUCAACUCAGUACUGGGGAGCCGAUGAUCGCUCUGACCACCAUUUUCCAGAAGUACCUCCGAGAAUAUGCCUGGAAAAUCCUCUCUGGCAAUCUGCCCAAGACCACCAGCAGCAGCGGAGGCCUGACCAUCAGCAGCCUCCUCAAGGAAAAGGAAGGCUCUGAAGCAGCCAAGUUCACUCUGGAGGAGCUCUGCCUCAUCUGCAGCAUCCUGAGCACUGCAGAGUACUGUCUGGCCACCACCCAGCAGCUAGAAGAAAAACUUAAAGAAAAAGUUGAUGUGAGUCUGACUGAACGAAUCAAUCUCACCGGAGAAAUGGAUACGUUCAGCACUGUCAUCUCCAGCAGCAUCCAGUUGUUGGUUCAGGAUCUGGAUGCCGCCUGUGACCCUGCCCUGACUGCCAUGAGCAAGAUGCAGUGGCAGAAUGUGGAGCACGUUGGCGACCAGAGCCCUUAUGUCACCUCUGUCAUUCUUCACAUUAAGCAGAAUGUCCCUAUCAUCCGUGACAACCUGGCCUCCACCCGGAAAUACUUCACUCAGUUCUGCAUUAAAUUUGCAAACUCCUUCAUUCCCAAGUUCAUCACCCACCUCUUCAAGUGCAAGCCAAUUAGCAUGGUGGGAGCAGAACAGCUGCUGCUAGACACCCAUUCCUUGAAGAUGGUCCUGCUCGAUCUGCCCUCCAUUGGCUCACAGGUGGUGAGGAAAGCACCUGCCAGUUACACUAAAAUUGUUGUGAAAGGCAUGACCCGGGCAGAAAUGAUUCUCAAGGUCGUGAUGGCCCCUCACGAGCCGCUGGUGGUGUUUGUUGACAACUAUAUCAAACUCCUUACGGACUGCAACACAGAGACCUUCCAGAAGAUACUGGACAUGAAGGGGCUGAAGAGGAGCGAGCAGAGCAGCAUGCUGGAGCUCCUGCGCCAGAGGCUCCCCACGCCGCCUUCAGGCCCGGAGGGCUCGGGCUCCCUGUCCCUGCUGGCCCCCACCCCGGAGCAGGAAUCUUCACGCAUCCGCAAACUAGAGAAACUGAUUAAAAAGAGACUGUAGGAUGUGCGUGGGGCCCUUUUCCCCCUGGCCAGUGCCCCUCAGCACCCAGCUGCCCGGAAGCCCCCCACCCCUCCUGCGCUCCCCCUGCCUGCCUCGCAGAGCAGCAAUCCUGAGAUCUCCUGGGACAUUUGUGUUGUUGAUGUCUCUUCCCCAUGACCUGUCUUAAUUCUCGUCCUAAUCAAAAAGCCAAGCAAGGGCAGGGUGAUAAGAA